GCCCCUUUCUUUUUUCGGGUCGGGAGACGCUGCCUGCUGCGGUCGCCGGAGAGGCGCGGGUGGCGCGGCCAAGUGCGGGAGCCCCUCCAGGCGCGCCGGGAGCCAGACGGGGGAGCGCAGCGGGCGACCUGCACCGGGGAGGCUCGGUAGAAGAGCGGUUCAGACGAGCCUCCGGACACGGAUCGAGCCUGCGGGGCAGGAGCCGCCGCUGAAGCCGCGCGGGGAGCAGCCGGGCAGGGAACAGAGCCGCGUCCGGCUGCUGCUGCGGAGAGGCUCGGCCCGUUCCCCCCAAGGAAACUUUUCCGGGACAGCCGAACCCGGGGGCGCGCGGCGGACUCGGCGGCCCCGGCAGGUCCUGGCGUCGGGGCUGAGCCCGGGAGGAGCCGGAGAGCCCCGAAGGCGGAGGAGAGCCCCGAAGGCGCGCUCGGCUCCCCGCCCCCCCCCCCCCCAAAGGUCAGCCGCCUUCCCGCUCCCCGGAGCGCACAGCCGUCCCAGCCGCCGCCGGGGGAGCCCUUGGCGGGGCGCCGAUGCCCGUGGAGCCGUGACGCUGCUGCUGCCGCCGCCGCCGCCGCUCGCCUCCGCGCUGCCCGUCGAGGGCGCCCCGCCGAGCCGGAUGAUGGGCCGGGGGGGCCGGUCGUGCCGCGGCUGGGGCCUGGCGGCGCUCUUGCUGGGCGCCCUCCUGGGGGGCUGCGGGGCCCAGGCGCCCCAGGGCGAGAAGGGCAUCUCGGUGCCGGACCACGGCUUCUGCCAGCCCAUCUCCAUCCCGCUGUGCACGGACAUCGCCUACAACCAGACCAUCCUGCCCAACCUGCUGGGCCACACCAACCAGGAGGACGCCGGCCUGGAGGUGCACCAGUUCUACCCGCUGGUGAAGGUGCAGUGCUCGCCGGAGCUGCGCUUCUUCCUCUGCUCCAUGUACGCGCCCGUCUGCACCGUCCUGGAGCAGGCCAUCCCGCCCUGCCGCUCCCUCUGCGAGCGGGCCCGCCAGGGCUGCGAGGCCCUCAUGAACAAGUUUGGCUUCCAGUGGCCCGAGCGGCUCCGCUGCGAGAACUUCCCCGUCCACGGCGCCGGCGAGAUCUGCGUGGGCCAGAACACCUCGGACACGUCUGGCGGGGGCGGCGGGGGGAGCACAGGGGGCCCCGGGGGGGCCACGGCCUACCCCACCCCAUACCUGCCGCACCCCCGGGCCCACCCUCUGCCUGCCGCCGGCUACACCUUCUCCUGCCCCCGCCAGCUUAAAGUGCCCCCUUACCUGGGCUACCGCUUCUUGGGUGAGAAGGACUGUGGGGCCCCCUGCGAGCCGGAGCUGCCCAACGGGUUGAUGUACUUCAAGGAGGCGGAGGUCCGCUUCGCCCGCCUCCUGGUGGGCAUCUGGUCUGUCCUGUGUUGCGCCUCCACCCUCUUCACCGUCUUGACUUACCUGGUGGACAUGAGGCGCUUCAGCUACCCGGAGAGGCCCAUCAUCUUCCUCUCCGGGUGCUACUUCAUGGUGGCCGUGGCCUACGUGGCGGGCUUCUUGCUGGAGGACAAGGUGGUGUGUGUGGAGCGCUUCUCCGAGGAGGGCUACCGCACCGUGGUGCAGGGCACCAAGAAGGAAGGCUGCACCAUCCUCUUCAUGAUCCUCUACUUCUUUGGCAUGGCCAGCUCCAUCUGGUGGGUCAUCCUCUCUCUCACGUGGUUCUUGGCCGCGGGCAUGAAGUGGGGCCAUGAGGCCAUUGAGGCCAACUCUCAGUACUUCCACCUGGCUGCCUGGGCGGUGCCUGCGGUCAAGACCAUCACUAUCCUGGCCAUGGGGCAGGUGGACGGGGACGUGCUUAGUGGCGUGUGCUACGUGGGCAUCUACAGCGUGGACGCCCUGAGGGGUUUCGUCCUGGCCCCCCUCUUUGUCUACCUCUUCAUCGGCACCUCCUUCCUGCUGGCUGGCUUCGUGUCCCUCUUCCGCAUCAGGACCAUCAUGAAGCACGACGGCACCAAGACGGAGAAGCUGGAGAAGCUCAUGGUGAGGAUCGGGGUCUUCAGCGUCCUCUACACGGUGCCUGCCACCAUCGUGCUGGCCUGCUACUUCUACGAGCAGGCCUUCCGGGACACGUGGGAGAAAACGUGGCUCCUCCAGACCUGCAAGAGCUAUGCCAUCACUUGCCCCACCAACUUUGCCCCCAUGAGCCCUGAUUUCACGGUGUUCGUCAUCAAGUACCUCAUGACCAUGAUUGUAGGCAUCACCACGGGCUUCUGGAUUUGGACUGGCAAGACGCUCCAGUCGUGGCGGCGCUUUUACCACAGACUCAGCACGGGCAGCAAAGGGGAGACGGUGGUAUGAGGGUCUCCUCCAGCCCCCUUUCUCGAGGCUGCUCCUGGUUUCCUGUGAGGGAGACGUGAGAAGGAAAAUGGGGUGGAAUGGGUGGAGGGUGGCCUCCAAAAUCUGCCUUGUGCUUAACCAACAGAAAAAUUAUAUGUGCAAAGAACCUCCCGACUUGGUUUUCCGAGUUGGAAGCGCACAGAAUUAAGUGUCCUUCUUAAGACUGCUUUUGGAAACAGACAGUACAUUUUUCACCCUGUGAGAAUCUUUCUUCCUUUAUUUUUUUUUGGGGGGGGGGGCGGGGGGAUGCCUUUUUGUUCUUUCAAUAUAAGUUCCAUAGUAUGGUCAAAGGGAAAUGCUGGAAUUAUUGUACCCUGAAUGUGAGUUAGAGGGAGGGGCGGGCAGGAGAGAGAAAGCUGUGUGUACAUCUUACAAAAAGUGGCCACAUUCGCCCUGUUGGAUCGUAACCCAGACAGGGGAAGGUUCCUUAAAUCCUAAUUCAUUCUCUGUCAAGCGUCAAUCAUAGACAAGUAUGGAGUCUGUUUUUCUUUCCUGUGUUUACUCUGCAACUCCUGACUCAACCCUGUUGGGGCUUCCUGUGUAUUUGGGUCCUAAUCCUGUUCACACUGUCCUGAGAGUAAAUCGCUCUGAUCUCAGUGGGACUUAACUUCUGAGCGAACGGGCGCAGGCUUGGGUGGUAGGGAGGAAAAACAAAAAACUUUUUUUUUCCACUUCAGUUUUGAAAGUUUUCUUUCCAGUGGAAUCCUCCUUUGGCAAAAAAGUGGUUUGCUGAGGUUUCGGGGAGGGGCCGGGAAGGAGGGAAAGUGGAGCUGUAUACGGGGCUGUAAGAAGAAAUGACAUGUUGAGAAUGUUGUGUUUUUUUGCUCGCUGGCCUUUUGUUAGCAGAGACAAAGGGAGAACCGGAGUGUGUGUGUGUGUGUGUGUGUGUUUCUCUUACCCUUUGCAGUAAAGCGUAAGCGCAGGAUCAACUUUAAUGGCGAACUAACAAAAGAAUUUGGCGAGGCUGAGCUAUGGAUGCAGCCCAGCUCUAGCAGUUCCACAUUCCUUUGGAAUACUGGAGGGGGGAAAGGAAGCAUUGAGGAGGGUUGCUGUCUUAACUGAAGGAAAUCCAACCCCCCCUCCUCCCCCUUUAAAAACACUCCUUUAAUUCAGAACACCUGACCAAACAGCCCACAUAGAAAUCUGUAAAACAAGCAUGGAUAAAUAUCUCCUUUCUUUUCCACAAACCUCCAUUUUCCCUGUUAAUUAUAUCUUACCCUUUGAUACAGGAAAAGACGGAUUAGAUAUCUGGCAACAAAACAGAUAUCUGGCAGUGUAGACCUCGGUCGCAGUCCUGUGCUCCAUUGAUGUGCUUGGGAAAUCCUCCGGGGUUUGUGUGCUUAAGGCUGUUCUAAACUGUGGCUGUGCUGCAGAAGUCAGGUCUCUUGGGAGCAAAUUGGCUGCAUAUUUUUGGCAUUGUGGGCUCAGUGUGUUAGCAUAAAAGGACUUGGGAGAUCUCCAUUUCUACACCUGUCUGAGGAGGGGAGCUAUGACUCUCGAAAGCUUAUAUCCCAAAACUCCUGUUGGUCUCUUAAGGCGCUGCUGGAAUCUAACAAUUAAGGCUGUCAUCUUAUGCACACUUGCUUGGAAAUAAGUCCUAUGGGAUCAGGCAGUAUAGCUUAAGACUAGAUGUGCAUAAGGUUGGGUUGUGUGUCCCACUGUGUGACACCAGUCAUGACUAAUUUAAAUCCCGUUGAUUCACAUGACCACAAAUAAUUUGGGGGGAGGUUGUGCAUUUCUUUAAAAAAAAUCAGUGUUCUGUUGAAAAAACAAACACUUGAUGAUCUCAUAAUCUUGUCCCUCCAAAAUAAAAACGCAAACCCAUUUUGAAUACGUAUCAUUUAAGCGUGACAUUUCCCGAAUGAGGACCACUGAUUAAAAGCAAUUAAUUUAAAGAAUGAUUUAAGAGACUAGGCGAAGAGUUAUAUUGACCUUUGAAAGAGGGAUAUGAAAUGCACUUGAAGGAAAAAUUAGACCCCCCCCCCCAGUUUUUGAUUGGUUAUUGUCAACUUAGGGGUUUUGGCUCCCCCCCUCCCCCCCAAAAAACUAAUUGGAGAACGGUACAUUUAGCAAGCCUUGCUUGAAUUCCCCCUUCACUCACAAAGACACUUUCCUCUUUAAUGAAUGGAAAUCAAAUUCUUAUUUUUACAAAACCUCUUUAGAAAGGAGAAUUAGUAAGGGAGUGGGAAGCCAUCAAAUUAGUCUUCUGUUGGGAUGCAUGCAUUUGGGAAUGAAGCGGUGAAAGAAAUAACCCACUAUAAUUUUACAGUAUAAUUGAUUUCUGGCGUUCAGUGAUCCCAGUACUCCUCCCCCACUUUUUUUAAGUAUGCACAAGACAAGCUGAAAGUGCAGUCUGUAUAUUUUGUAAAUCUGACAUUUUGUAAGAAAAUAUAUAUGUAUUUAUGUUUUUACUUGCUUUUUUUGUUUUGUUUUCAAAGGUCUGUGGAAGACCCAUUUCAUUAUAUGUACAGAACCCAAAAUAAAUGGAUUUUUAAUA